AUGACAAAAAUCGUUGCUCCUACUAUAAACGCGCUAACCACAUCGGAUAAUCAUCGAACUAUCGUAAAGAAGUCCAACGCCCAUUCAGUCAGCAUCAUGGCUCCUCAUUUACAGGACGUUUUUCCUUCCGAUUACUCAUAUAUAUUUGCAGUGGUCCAUGAAAUUGAGCCAUUAAUAACUAUGGAAGAUAUCCAAAACGACAAAACCAUCAUUGCGUUUUUUGUAACAUUGCCUCGGCGGCGGAUGCGGCUACGUGGCUCGAGUACUUCCAAGAAAAAACAAAGACAUCAAUGCGCUAUCCAGAUCAAUGUUAAGCGUCCUACAAGUGAACGCUGCAGAAAUACAGACUGCCCAGCAACAAUAAAUUUAUGGAUUAGACGUCGUUAUCUCAAAGAAUCACAUCCUCUUGAAGUGCUUCUCAAAUUUACGCAACCAUGUUCCAAAUUCCUCGGCGUCAUUGAGUUUUCGACCUGUUAA